UUAUUAUUUCUCACUUUUUCAGUAUGUUAACUUUUAAUUUAUAAACUUCAGCACUUACUAUUUAACUUACGAUUUACUGUUCUUACUCUAAAUUAUAAUUGCUAUUCGGUGUCCAUCAACUAUCAGUGAACACUGACCAGUUAUCUGUUUUCUAUAGUGUUAAAUUAUUCAAUAGGUACUUCAAUGUUUUAAAUUUUAAUUAUUAACUAAUAACUACUUAUUAGUUUUAUAUUUUAUUAUUGCAAUUAAGAAUAAAUAAAUACUUAGCAAUAACCAACACAAUUUUAUAAAGAUGACCAGUCUAAUUAAACAUUCUAUAAAUAAUUUAAACAAAUGGUAUUCAAUGACUAUGGUUGUACGAGGUUUAAAAUCUUGGACUGGUGGUAAAAAAUACCUUGGAUUCACAUAUUACCCUAGAGAAGGUGAAGUUGACCCACCAUAUACACCAACAAAAUUAUUCAUGGUUCAAAGAGUUAAACGAUAUUUAUAUAAUCCGUAUUGGCAAAAAAAAAUAUUGACUGAUAUGGGCUUAGAUCAUAAAAUAAGUGAUAUAGCUAUUGUAAAAAAUACACCUGAGAUGAAUGCACGAUUAUGGAAAGUUAAACAUUUAAUAAAAAUAACACCAAUACAAACACCUGAUGGAUUACCAGAAAAAGAAGAUUAUUGGGGUACACAUUUAGAUAGUGAUGGUGUGUUUAGGAUUUCAAAAAAGUUUUUGCCCGAUACUAAGCGAUUAGAAGCUACCAAAGACUUUGAAAAAUUGGCCAAACGAGUAGAUAAAGAUACAGUUGAAAAAAAUUGUCGUAAUAAGUGGUUAAAUCCAUGGUCUACGAUCAUAUAAUUUGACAUUAUUGUUUCUUGUAGUACUAUAAAAUACCUGAAUAUGAUGUGUUUUCAAUUACUUUUUUAUAUUAAUUUAGUUAAAUGAAAAAGCAUAAAAUUAUGUUUAUGAAUGAAAUAAACCAAAUUUUAUCAAUA